AUGCGCCUCACUUUCCGCGUAUCAAUCGCCGUCGCUUUGGUCGUUGCUGUCCUCCUCGUCAAGAAUCAUUUGGAUUCUCUCGAGCCACAAUGGCAGGCCAAGCGCGGCCCUGAUCUUGCGCCGGAAUUCGUGCUGGACAGCGCAGGCGCCCAUAUCGAGCUGGUCUCGGCCCAUCCUGCACGGCUCUCACCAACUUACUCUUCACCUUCGUCACAAUCCUCAUCCUCCUUUUCGCCAAGUACACCCAACUCGAGUCCCGCUCCACCGUCCAAAUCAUGGCCUGAGCCCACAAAGCCCGUGACGCCGACCAAGUUUCAGCCAAAAUCAAUUCCAGUCGAUGUGCCGGGCGCGAUCGAUGAUAUUUGGCAAUACCCUUUCUGGGCAGACUGGGAUACUGAAGACGGAGGUAUUCAUAAUCUGAACAUGAAACCGAACCAGGAGCCCAAAUCAACUCCCAAGCCGAAGAUCUCGCCCUAUCCUGAUCGCAUCAUCGUCUUGGGUCGUAUGUCGUGGGAGGACUCGGAUUGGUUGGAGGAGGAAUUGCCCGAAUGGCAGCACGCGGUCUACGUGGUCGAUGAACCCGACGCGGAAUAUGCCGUUCAAAUGAACAAGGGCAAAGAAUCCAACAUCUACCUCCAGUACAUCAUCGACCACUAUCACAAACUCCCCGAAUAUAUGGUCUUCCUCCACGCCCAUCGCAACGCCGACCACGUCGAGUUCUGGGAGCAAGACAACGCCCUGACCGUGCAACGCCUGCAACUGGAUUACCUGAAGAAGGUCGGCUAUGUCAACCUUCGCUGUGGUUGGGGCCCAGGUUGUCCGGGCGAAGUCCAGCCAUUCCGCCAGCUGGAAGGGCGCACGACAGAAAUCGCCUUUGCCGGCGCCUGGAUCCGUAUUUUUAACAAUACGGAUGUCCCCGAGGUGGUGGCUACCCCGUGCUGUGCGCAGUUUAGUGUGACAAGGGCACAGGUUCAUGCCCGACCUUUGAGUGACUACCAGUCCUUCCACCGUUGGCUGAUGGAGACGGAGCUGGAUGAUGAGACCAGCGGUCGUGUGUUUGAGUAUUUGUGGCAUAUUAUUUUCGGGCAGGAUCCCGUGUUUUGUCCCUCAAAACAACAGUGUUAUGAAGAUGUAUAUGGAAUGGAGUGGGACCCGGCCUAUGAGGAUGACUUUAUGGAUUGGGUUGGUGAUGACUUCUGGGACAUACCAUGA